AUGAACCACGGAACGGAAGCCAUCCAGCCCCACACAGAAACAGCUCAGAAUGAAACUAUUCCAUCAGACAAGGACACAUCUGCUGUAAAAAGCAAGCUCGAGCAGAUUCUCAAGAAAACAGAAAUAAAAGAGAUCAACUGCGCCCCAAGAAAGACACUCAUGCUUCUUUCUCUCAAGUCCCCGCUCACGUGCAGACUGCUUUUGAACGACCUAACCUCUCUGCUCCCAGAGAACAUUCUGAGAGACUCAAAGCUGAAAGAGAGAUUUACUCUGAGCGAAAUAUCCGACAUGGCAGAUCUCAGAGACGCAGACAAUGUGCUCGUCAUAGAGACAAGAAAAAAGAGCCCUGCCCCCAUUAUGUGGCUAGUUUCCAAAGAUAUCACAGAAACAGGCGAAGAUAAAUUCGACGUCAUGAAGUUCAUUCUAACAGGAGUCUACACGAUGAGCGAGCUGAAGUUCACAGGCAACCCUCUCUCGAAUACGCAAAUGAUGACUGUAUUCACACACGACUUCGACAACAGCACAGGCCUCAGAAGAGCCAGAACUAUUCUUACAAAAAUGUUCAAUACAACGAAGAAAUCCGACAGUGCGCCCCAGGGAACAACAGACUACACAGACAAAAUAGCAUCUUUUUUCAUUCUGGACAACCAGAUAAUCGCUAGAUUCUACCACAUCCAGAAGAAAACAAAGGAAACAGAGAAAAUAGUUGCUGAAAGAGCCCUGAAAGAGCAGAGACUGAACCAGGAGCAGAAAGAAGACGAAAAGCUGGAGGAAAUAGAGCAGAACCACAAACCAGACGAAGACAUCGUAGACCCCAACAUAGAAGCCAUUCUUGCAUCAGACCAGGUCCCAUGGUACGAAGUCAAUGAAAUCGGGCCCAGAUUCACCAUGCAUCCCAGAGAAAGCGACUUAGACGACAACUACGUGGCUCCUGACGACAAUAGAAGAGGAAAUAGAUUCAUUGAGCCAGAGGAGGAGAGAAAGUAA